CCUUUUUCUUCUUCUUUUCUGAUUUUCCGGCUGACUGGUUAUGUCACCGCCGGCGAGGACCAAAAGCGGGAAUGGCGGCGUAGAUAAGCAGUAUCCUCCGCCGCUUGCCACCCACGAUGAAGUUGUUUCUGACCCCAUUGUUUUUUGGGACACUUUGAGGCGUUUCCAUUUUAUGAUGAACACAAAGUUCAUGAUUCCUGUGAUUGGAGGGAAGGAGCUAGACUUGCAUGUUUUAUAUUCAGAGGUUACAAGAAGGGGCGGGCACGAAAAGGUUGUUGCAGAGAAGAAAUGGAGGGAAGUUGGAGGUGUCUUCAAGUUCUCUCCUACAACCACCAGUGCUUCCUUUGUAUUGAGAAAACAUUAUCUCAGUCUUCUCUACCACUACGAGCAAGUUUACUUGUUCCGCCGCCAGGGCCCCAUCUGCGCCCCUCAAGCGCCAUUUUCUUUCGGUAGCCCUACCAGCGAAAACGAAUUGGCUCUGGUGGAAUAUGCCCCCAAAACAACGUCGUUUUCGCCUGGUCCGCCUGCUGAAGUCACUGGAACAAUUGAUGGGAAAUUCGAUUGUGGCUACCUGGUGUCUGUGAAGUUGGGAUCUGAGGUUCUGAGGGGAGUUCUUUACCAUCCAGAGGAGCCUACCCCGUCGGAUCUCCGGCCCCAACCUACCAACGCCAUUGUACCGUACACUGGUACCACACAUCGACACUCUGGUCGGCGGCACCGGAGGAGCCGGAGAAAGGGAGACCCCAACCACCCCAAACCAAACAGAAGUGGCUAUAAUUUCUUCUUUGCAGAGAAGCAUUACAAGCUCAAAUCUCUGUACCCUAACAGAGAGAGGGAGUUCACCAAGAUGAUUGGAGAGUCUUGGAACAACCUCAGCCCUGAAGAAAGGAUGGUAUGUCUGCCAAGCCUUUUCUCUCGAGGUUUCAGCAGCUUUAAACUUUGGUGGUUUGAUCAAAUGGGUGUUCUAUCUACUUUAUUAUUAGGUUUAUCAAAACAUUGGGCUGAAAGACAAGGAGAGGUACAAGAGAGAGUUGAAAGAGUACAAGGAGAAAAUGAGGCUGGCAAGUGAUGAUGUUCAUGCAGCUAACUAUUCAAAACAGGGAGAGUAGAAGAGGGAAGGGAAUUCAGCAGUUUGUAGGUUCUUUUUGAGGUUGGGAUCUGCUGCUGAAGUUUAUAUAUGAUAAAGAUUUUGUAUCAUAUCCUCCUACUCCUAACUUUAUAUGGCAUACCAUUACCAUAGGUUCUCACAUCCGAAGUGCUUGGCCUCAAGUUUUACACCCACUUCGAAGUUCACUCUGGAACUGUCAUUUUAUAGUUUCUUCAAACUUUUUGCUUCUUCUUUACCCAUGGGAUGGUGAGAUCCUUCUUAUUUUUCUUUUUUUGUCCUUCCUUGGAGUCAGAGACAUCAGAUGCUCUAUGAAGACCCUUCAUCCAAGGACGAGGAAGCCAACUAAAUGAGCAGCUUUAGAAGAUAGGCUUCUUCCUUCUGGGCUGCCACAUUAGAGUAGAAUAUGCCAUCGGUCAAAUGAUAAAUGAGAUUUGCAGUAAUCUAAAGUUUUGUUUGAAGUCACUAUUAGAUUGUUUCAGUUCUCAAUUUUCAUUCAAUAUGUUCGAGAAUUUUUACUC